UUCGGAAUCGAAAUUUCUCAGUUAUUUGGAAAUCGGAAAUAAUUCUGUUCACCGCUCCGCAAAGCACCGCAACACACCGCAACGCAACGCAACGCACCGCCAAGGAUGAAGCGUCACAAUGCCAAGGCCAUAGCUGCAGCAGCGGCCGCCGCCAAUGUGGGAAGGAAGACGACGAGCCUGCUGUCGGUGCCCCCCCAAAUGAUUCCGAAGGGUCCUAUCCUCUACGUGGAUGUGGUGAAGAACAUGGCCAAGGAGAAGCCUGCAAAAGCGGUGCCACCACCCCCAGUGGCGCCACUCGAGUUCAGCAUAUUCCGAGAGGAUUUCCCGGCCCUACCGGGCGGGACCAGGUCCCCUUCGGUGGCCUCGGUGCCCGACGACUGGACGAGCAUGAUCAGUGACGACGACGACGAUGACGACGACGACGACGACGACGAGGUCAUUUCUUCGUCCCCCCCAGCCACCACCGAGGACGAUUUGGUGGCCGAUGAGCCGAUUUCCCAGUACAGCCUCUCUGCACCAGAGGAAUCGUCCUUGUACAGCUAUCCCGAUGAUGAGAAUGUGUACGACUACGACGAGCCGUCAACCCAGUCUGGCUUCACGGAGAACGACUCCACCUCCAUUUCCUCGUUCGAUGUCAACGGCCAGAAUGCCGAGUACAUCCCCGAGGCCGCCUGCUGUCGUCAGGAACACACAGCCGCGGAACUGCUCUGCGAAGUCAGCCUCAUAUUCUCAAAGCAGUUCAUCCAAGAGGGUGUGCGACAGCGCUCAAUGAGGGCCUCCUCUAGGAAGCCCGUUCCAGUUCCCAGUCCCCCAAACGUCCCACGUUCAAACACGCACCGCCCUGGAUCCGACGGAGCCAGCAUCGGUGCCUCCGUCAUGACACAUUUCACGGGAAUGCCCGUGAGCUGCGUACUCUUUGGAUGCGAGCCUACCAGGCAAAAUCCUAAUCCUAAUCCUAAUCCUGGACCCGUUGAUGAAGGAGAAUUCGGCCUGCUAGGACUGGCGCACAGGCUGGGAGUAGACCAGGAGACUCCCGAUCUUAUGCAGAUAGUCCAUGCGGAAAACAAUCUUAUCAGCACGCAGAUGGCCGCCAGCUCCCGAAACCUUCUUCCAUCCUUUGCCGGACCAUUCCAGGGCCUUCGCUGGGGCCCCCUUGACUACAACAACAAUGUGUCCAUCGACCAGGGGAUGGCCAACCGACUGGGCAUGCCGCAGCCCAAAAUGCACCAGAUGGAGGCCGAGCUGCUGUUUUACUUCUUCUACAACUGCCCCGGCGACAUGAUGCAGAUGCUGGCCGCCGCCGAGCUGGCCGACCGCAACUGGCGCUUCCACAUAAAGGAGUGCCUCUGGAUCCGGCGACAGGCCGACAAUCCCAACUACGCCUACGUCGGCUUCCAGGAGUCCGGCGAGUACAACUACUUCAACCAGUUCCACUGGAAGAUCCUGCCGCGCUACUUUAACCUGGACCCCGAUCUGAUGGAGCGGACGAUCACCAAGGAAGAGCUGUGCGCAAUGUACGGCUACCAUCCACAAAUGUAGAGCAGCCAGCCAAAUAGCUUCCCAAAGCCGACACUUACACUUACACUCCGCCAACCCCACACAAGCCAUCUACAGACUUCUGAAACACAGGGUAGCAGGGUAGCACACCAGACUAUCAACCAGCAGGCAGGCAGAUGCCGAACGACGUGGCAUGCAGCACUUCAGUGGAAGGCCCCAGCAUCGAACUGUCCCAAACACUUUGUUUUUAAUGUUUUAAUAGUCUUUGAAUCGAACUGAAAUAUAUGUAAUGUAUCUGCGAUAUUUGCCCGCCAAAA